AUGGAAAAAUUCAAAUAGGCAUUUAUAAAAAAGUCAAAGAAGCUUUCCUAAGUACCCUCUGCACUUCCUAAAAAUGAGCCAUUGCCUGUAAUUAAGGAAGAGCCUCAUUAAGAGGAAUUACCAUCGGUAAAAGUUUUGAGACCUGAAUUGCAAAGUGGGGUUAGCAAGCUGCAGUAAUUAAAUUAAUAAUCGAAGGUUAAAUUGUACGAUAAAGAAUUUUAAGAAAGAUUUGAUUAAUCUAUGCAAUUAUUAGAGCUGGAGAAGAAAAAAAGUGAGAUAUCAAUUGAGGUAUUCGAAGAACUUGCCAAGGAUAGAGGUAAUUCAGAAAGCUCAAAUCAAUUAGCUGUUAUUCAUGAGACAGUAUCUGCGAUGAGACAAGCUAAAAUCUUAUUUAAAGAAAAUGAGAUAAAAGACCAGAUAAUUAGAGGAAACAAAGGAAUAUUAAAGUUUAUCGAGGGGGAUAUCGCUAAGAUGGCUGUGAGAGAAUAUGAAAGCAGCUAAAAUAUGAUUAAAUAUCUUAAUGAUGAGAAUCAUUCACUAAAACUUCAAAAUUAAAGACUAUAAAGAGAAAAUGAAGUGUUACAAAUGGAUAUGGACCAAUUGAAGUCGGGCACUUUAAGACUGCUCGAAUAAGUAAAAAAGUAAACAGAUACAAUAGAGAGCUAUAAAAAUAAGGUGUUUUCAUUGAGAAGAACUAUAAAUGAAUUAGAACAGAUGCAAAAUCAUGAGGCAAUAAUUAUUCUUAGGGAUUUAUAAGAAAAAAGUGCAUUAUUAAAGUAAUUAAAGAUAGAUAAUUUUAUGAUAAAGGAAAAACUUACCAAAGCCAAAAUCGAAUUAAAUAAAAAGUCCAAUACAAAUUUAGUAAUGACUAUUCCUAGAUAAGGGAAUAAUGACUUACUUGAUAUAAAAAGUUAUCUCUCACUUACAUCAAUUAAAAAAUCCUCCAUUAACAAAACUAGUCGCGAGAUUAUUAUGGAUUUAGUAAGACUAUCUUUGUCUAUGAACCAAGCAAAUUAUGAGCUGACUCCUCGUGCUCAGACUCCUCUAAAGAUGUAAGAGGAGAUAUAGUUUUGUAAAUCAUGCAAAGAUUCUGUAAAGUAGAUUUCGUAACUUGAAGUUUAUAAAGCUUAAAUAAAUACGACUAUGAUUUCUAACUGCCAGCAUGUACUUGACAAAGCGAAUGAGAUGAUGACUUUCUAUGCUUAGUAUCUGCCCUUGGACUAUUUUGAUGAUGAAGAUGAUGAUUAGUAGUCAGACUAACUUACUUUAAAAGGAUUAUUCAAACAUCUAAAAUCAACUUUCGAGGAAACUAGAAAUACAUUAUAGAGAGAACUAACAGAUGGUUCAUUGGAAGAGGAUGAUGAGUCGAAUGGACCACAAAGUCUCAACUUUAAAUCAGCUGAGAAAGUUCAUUAGUUCUUGAUGGAUGUUAUAUAACACCUAGUAUAGAAUAGAGGACAAUUAGCAUAACUAUUCAAAGAUAUGCAAUAGAGUUAUAGCCAGCUAUUUUUCUAUAUUCAUUAUCUCUUUGACCUGACAUAAACUCUAAUACCUGUUUUUACGAAUUAUCAGGAAUUUUAAGAUAUUCAUCUAAAAGCAAUAAAUAAACUAAAAUCGGAGAAUGCUUGGCUGCAGUCUAAACUCCAGUAUGAAAGCUAUUCAAAUAAAGAGUAAUAGGACAAAAUUAAAAUGUUUGAUACGAGGAUUCAAACAUAACAAAAUGAAUUGAUUGAUCUUAGAAGUAAAAAGACGAAUGCAGAAAAGAGGGUUUUGCUACUAACAAGAGAAAUGAAUGAGUUAUUAGAAAAAUUGAAAACCUCAUCUCUAUAGAAAAAUGAAGCCCUUAGAGAUCUGGAAUAAGUUAGGCGUGAGAGGAACUAUCUUAAUGAGCUAAUGAAAGAGCUAAAGUUGAUGUUUGUGAAACUUAACUAAUGA